AGAGUCGCCAUAUUGCUGCCGUGGACGUCUUAAAUAAUAAACAGUGUUAUUUGUAGUGGUGAAUUUUGUGAUAAUUUAAUAAUUAUUAAAGUAUCAUAAAAAAUGACGGCCCACGAUCAAAUGCGGGCUAUGUUAGAUCAGCUUAUGGGUACAGGAAGAAAUGGUGAAAAUAAUAAAUUUCAUGUGAAAUUCAACGACCCUAAAGUGUGUAAAUCAUUUUUGCUGAGUUGCUGCCCACAUGAAAUAUUGUCUUCGACGCGCAUGGACUUAGGAGAAUGCCCAAAAAUCCAUGAUUUGGCACUGAGGGCAGAUUUUGAGAAGGCACAACAAACCAAAGAUUACUUUUAUGAUCUUGACGCGAUGGAACAUCUUCAGGCAUUUAUUAGUGAUUGUGAUAGAAGAACCGAAGCUGCUAAACAACGUUUGGCUGAAACCCAAGAGGAACUCUCGGCAGAAGUAGCUGUCAAAGCUAACAGCGUUCAUGAAUUAGCUGAGCAAAUUGGUCAAAAAUUGGCUAAAGCAGAGCAACUUGGAGAAGAAGGUUUUGUUGAAGAAAGUAUGAAGCUUAUGGAGGAGGUUGAUGAAUUAAGAAAGAAAAAGUUGGAAGCUGAACAGGAGUAUCGAAACUCGAUGCCUGCCAGUAGUUACCAGCAGCAAAAGUUGAGAGUUUGUGAAGUAUGUUCUGCUUAUUUGGGUAUACAUGACAAUGAUAGACGUUUAGCAGACCACUUUGGAGGAAAACUACAUCUUGGAUUUAUUAAAAUCCGUGAAAAAUUAGCUGAAUUAGAGAAAACUGCAGAGAAGAGGAAGGAAGAGAAGAGGAAAGUGGGCAAAGACAGGGACCGUGAUGAGAGAGAUGAUCGUUAUGAAAGAAGAUACCGCGAACAUUAUGUAGGUGGUAGAGAAUUGGACAGAAGAUCAAAACGGCACAGAUCUAGAUCUAGGGACCGCAAAGAAAAAGAAAGAGAUAGAGAAGGUCGAAGCAGCCGUUCGUAUAAGUCCAGGUCAAGGAGCCGUGAUCGUGACCGUCGUUCUCAUUCCCGUCACUCAAGUUCAAGUGAUAAAAGAAGAGAACGUGACAGAGAUUAACUUUGAAGACAUUAAGGUUUUGUUGAAUAGUAAGACGAUUUGGUUACAUAUGUGAAAAUAAUACUUAUUUUUUAUUUCUCAAAAUCGUUAAAUCUGUUCCCUAAAUGUAAAAUAUAACAAAAGUAAUAUAUUAGUUUGUGUUCUAGAUAUGUAAUUUUGUUACAAAUUAGUAUUUCUCUUAUUUUUUUUAUACGAGAAUUGAAUCUAAAAUUUAUUUUAAAGGAAGUUGUUAUUUCCUGGAUUUACUAUAAUAAUUCUUUUAAUAUACAAAAAAAAUUAUUCAGAAACGAAACUACAAAAAUAUUUAAAAACAAAACAGAGAGGAAACAUAUUAUUCAACAUUCCCCAAAUGGGAUUUUUUGGCAGCUGAUAACUAGUACAAUUCAACUUUUAUUUUAUUGAAGGUUAGAUGUGGACUGACAAAAUGUCAGAGCAGCCCGCGGAACUCGGAGUAGACGUUAUACAUUCAUGCAAAAAGUAAACGAACCCACAUCAAAUAUGGAACCUAAAAACAUUCUGACAAAAAUUGGUUAGAAUUAAUUUUUAUUUAAAUUUUGGUUGCACAAUGAAUAUUGUUUUCACGAAAUUUGAUACAAACUACAUUGAGGAAGUGCAGAAUCCAGUGAUGUUAUCAGAUUUUAGAUAAAAAAAUGUACCAACAUUUGGCACAAAAAAGAAUGAAAAGUAAGCUUUGAUAACUGAAUAUACAGGGUGAUUCACAAACUGUGACCAAAUAUGAAACCUCAUAUUCUUUAGUGAAUUUUAAGGGACGUCUAUACUAUAAAGCUUUUAUCUAGGAUGUUUCCUUAAAAAGAUACAGGAUGUUAAACUUUAAAAAAUAUUUUUCAUUUUUUUCAAAUAAUUUAAAAACUUGUGAGUGA